GCGAAAAAACCCUCGCUUGGAUCGCUAGUAUCGCAGUCCUGAAAAGGUGAUUAGAUGGUAAUAUCUUUGGUGAUUCGCGAAAAAACAGCAAAUUUUUCGAUUGUUCGCGAGUUCUGAUGAACUUUUAGUUAGUCUUAAAUUAAAGACAAUGAAAUUCCCUAUCGAUUGAUACUAAUUUUUCACCAUUUAGAGGAAAAUUAACGAUUUAAUGAAUACUUUUACCGCAUUUUUCAUACUAUAUGUCAACAUUAAACGAAAAAUUGUCGAAAUUUUCAGUAAACCUAUGCUUAUGUUAAUAUACCAAAAUAUUCGGAGUUUCAUCCUCUUUAAAAUGGAUUUUUACCGAAAGCUCUAUGUGCAACGGUUCAAAAGUUGUGGAAGUUUGAAGUUGCGAAAACAAGGCAAAAAGCAGCUGCGAAUCGUAAGUACUGAACUUCAAACAAAAAUUACUCGAAAUUUUCAGUGGACACCUAGGUAUUUUAAUAUAUCAAAAUGUUCGGCAUAUCUUCCUCUUUAAAAUGUUUUUUUACCGAAAGCUCUACCUUCAACCGUUCAAAAGUAAUUGAAGAUAAUGUCACCAAAAUGUUCAAAUUGUGUUAUCACUGUUAUCAAUUCAAACAAUGUGUUGAUACUGUUGAUGAAUAAUCUAUUUCCGCAACUUUGAUCUUCAAUUACUUUUGAACGGUUGAAGGUAGAGCUUUCAGUAAAAAAGCAUUUUAAAGAGGAAGAAAUACCGAACAUUUUGAUAUAUUAAAAUACCUAGGUGUCCACUGAAAAUUUCGAGUAAUUUUAGUUCAAAGUUCAAUACUUACGAUUCGCAGCUGCUUUUUGCCUUGUUUUCGCAACUUCAAACUUCCACAACUUUUGAACCGUUGCACAUAGAGCUUUCGGUAAAAAUCCAUUUUAAAGAGGAUGUAAUUCCGAACAUUUUGAUUAUUUAAAACGCGCACAUGCUCACUGAAAAUUACAAGUAUUUCGAGUUUGAAGUUGAUGUACGUAGUAUGCAAAAAUCAGCAAACUAAAAGUAUUCAUAAAAUCGUUAUUUUUUCACGAAAUGAUGAAAAUUUAACAUCAAUCGAUACGGAAUUUUAUUGUCUAUAAUUUGAUACUGCACCAAAGUUCACCAAAAUCCGCGAAUAAUCGAAAAAGUUGAAUUUUUUACAGGAAAAAUUGCAUUCACCUUUUCAUCAUAUCACCUUUUCAGAUAGUUGACGGAACAGCCGCUAGGUGUCAGCCACUUCGUUUUUUUUCGCGAAUCAUCAUCACAUCAAAGUUCCCGAACUUUUUUGGUGAUUUUCAAAGUUUCAGGCCAAAAUAAAUGAUCUUAUGCUUUAAAUUAGAGCAAUUUAGUACGGAAAAAUGGAAUCCAAGGAGAAAACAAUCACGAAGCAACCUCAUCACGAACGCCAGCAACUCUGCACCACUCGUCCAUCGUAUCGCCAAGGAAAAAAGCUGACUGCCGUGAAGGUACCGGCCAAUUUGGACUUUACUUGUAUCAGGUAUACACGAUUAGCGACGAAUCUCAGCACCUGAUCAUCAGAGGAAUGCCUUCGUUGAAUUUGCAAAAAGAAGUGAAGCACUUAUGCAUGCGUUAUGGUGAAAUCAAACAAAUACAUCAAGUUAAAGACUACUCCGAAGAUGAAGAAUCUUUUACCGAAGUGUUUCACGUCACAUUUACCAAAAUACAAUCAGCCAGGUUUGCCAAACAUAUGAUAGAUGAUAAGUCGUUUUUCGGUGGUAUUCUACACGUGUGUUAUGCUCCGGAAUUGGAAUCUGUCUCAGAAUGUAGACAUAAACUGGAUCAAAGAAGACACGAAGUAUUAAAAAGACUAUCUCAGUAUACGGCUGCUGAUUUGAGAAAAUCUCAACAAAUGAGUCAGUCUACAAUCGAACCUCAGCCUGGUCCUAGUGGCACGAAUGUUCCUGCUGUAACGACAGCGUACCCAGCUCAACAUUGUUUUUCUAGUCCUCAAAAUAAUGUUAAUCGGUUCAAGAAGCCAACGAAUCAGCAUUCCACUCGUAAAGGAGUUCCUCUCAACUCGACCGGUUUUAAUUCAACUAAUAAGUUGAAUUUUCGUAAUCAAAAACCUCAAAAGCAGCAACCUCCUCGAGUUCUUAUUGGCCCACAAUUGUUACCCAAAGCUGAUACAAAACCACCGGAAACAGCUGCAACGAAACCGGAAUCGAAUCCUGUAUCCGAUGCUGAUGUAGAACCUGAUAAAUCUCAGAAGCAAGAUAAGCCUGAGACUGUUAAAAGAACGAAAUUUACUAUGUCGAGUAAAUUUAUACCCCCUCAAGUGAAAAGGAUAAAGUUUAAUUGAAUUUUAGUUCUGUGGUAUUAUAGUGUUUUUAAGGAUUUUUUUUUGUUUCGAAUCCUAUCGAUUUUUGUAUCAAAUUAAACUUAUUAUUAUUACUUUUUUUGAA